GCCCUAAACCUGACCUCACCCUUCGUUGGCGUCUGAACGAAAGAGAGCCCAUCGCCCGCGCAGAGAGAGAGAGAGAUGGGGAAGAAAGCGAAGAGCUCUCGCAAGGGGAAGAAGGCGUGGAGGGCUAACAUCAGCACGGAUGACUUCGAGGACUUCUACGAGAAAUCCACCAAGGACGCCCUCUCCGGUGGAUCUCUCGCAAAUGUCCCCAGCGAAUCCCUGUUCUACGUUGAUAAAUCCAGAGAUCUUCCCAUCAAACGGAAGAUUGAAAAACACAGAGAAAAAGUACUCUACAGUGACAGCCUGCUGCAAAAAAAUGCCUUCGUUGAACCAGUUCCAUCUUCAAUGCAAAAAAAAUCCACGAAAAAAUUUAAAGGAGUCAAGGCAACAGAUGAUGUACGCCGAGAUGGUGACAAGGAUGAUUGUAUUUCAGCUCCUGGCAUGGUUGACAUAUGGGAUGAGAAAGGUGAAAAUGACAGCAAGACCAAAAGGGCACGUAAGCCUUCCACUAUUCCAGCAGUUGAAAUUGAGCCUCCUGGAUGCUCAUUUAAUCCCUCAUUCGAGAGUCAUCAGGAUUCAUUGGCCCAUGCCGUUGCAGAGGAAAUGCAGAAAGUCUAUCGGAAUGAGUUGGGCCCUCAGCCAGUUCCAUUAACUGUUACUGGGGAAGUCAUUGAUGAAGAUGAUAUGUAUUUCAUCGAGGCAGACAAUGGGAGCGAUGAUGAUACCAAUGUGGAUGACUUGGGCGAGAAUGCGGAUAUUGCCUCCCAAACGAGGCUUUCUAAGACAAAAGCAGUUACUCGAGUUGAGCGAAAUAAGAGAGCAAGGCGUAAAGAACACUUGAGAGUGGAAGCAGGAGCAAAAAAAGUGGAGGAACUUAAGAAGGAUAUUGACUGCUUACCAGAAAUAAUUGAAGAAAUAGCUAAAGAAGACGAGGAGAAGCAUAAAAGACAUCUAAGGCGAAUUGUGGCAAAGCAAGAGAGACUAAAAUCAGGUCCUCCACGCCUGGGGAAGCACAAAUUUGAGCCUGCCCCUCUGCAAGUCCUAUUAUCUGAAGAAAUCACUGGAUCUCUUCGGAAGCUGAAGGGUUGCUGUACACUUGCAAGAGAUCGAUUUAAGAGCCUUGAGAAGAGAGGGUUGGUUGUCCCUACAGCCAAGAGGCGCAGGAAGUAAGAGAAGCUUUCAAAUUUGAAUAAUAUGGGGAAAAGGUGUCGGUUGGAAGCACACAGUGAAGUGGAAGACGCGGCCUUUUAUUUUUUUGGCUUUGCGGAUGUCAUACUUUUGGGUUUAUUUUAUUAAGUUUUGGAUGAUGGCAGUUUCGUAUGAACUGCUGCUAUUAACAGCCACUCUACUCUAGGAGGAAUGUUGUAUGUCAGGUUAAUAACUGUCUUUGUAGGUUCUUAAGUGUUUCAAUUUAUACUCCUACUUAUUAUUUGGAUAUACCAAGAAAUAUUUACACUAUUGAAGCUAUUAUUAAAUAGCAACAUAUUUGUGAGGCAA